AUGGCCCUUGCCAAGCCCUCAAACCCCCGUCUCCGAAUUUUGCGACCGACCAUCUCGGUACCAAAUCUGUUCAAUUCACUUGUGCCUCAUUCCCUUCUCAGCAUCGGGACCGAAGGGUGCCAAGACGCGCCGGUUAUUGUCCUCUCAUCGUCUGACGAAGAAGAUGAAGGUGUAGGGGACGACCGGCCUACCAAAAGGUCAGAUAAUACGGCCGAGGCACAAGGACUCUUUACGACGUACGCACGCUCUCGGGGUACAUUUUACCCAAUCGUCUCCUUCGCCAGUGGUACCUCUGGAACGAGAGUGACCGUGCUUCGAUUUAGUGCUUUGGCCAAGCGAGCCACUGCCGCUGGCGCUCGGAGCAACUGGAACGUCCGGUCGGUCCCCGAAUUCAGAGUAGAAUGGGGUGCCGCUUCGGACAGAUUCCCAAAGACUGGCGCUUAA